CCGCACACUACUCGAUAUACGACAGCCACACACUGGACUAACCUAUCCCAUCUCCAUUCUACUCAGCCUCUGCUCUGUGCCUCCUUCAUGCCACUAUGAAAGGGAAAACAAAGGCUAAGAGUGAAAUGAGGAUGACUUGCACACUCACAUCCUGAGGCAGAGGUCUUGUGGACUCACUGACCGGGGUGGAUCGGGUGGACCUGACAAUAUAUCCUGUAAAUCGUCCUGCAAAAUACAAAGAGAGAUGGACGCUGAAGGCGAGGAGAACCAAACCCAAGUAUGCGGUGGCAGCGGGGUUCUGACUGACUGCGUUGCUGAGGUGCCCAGCGCCGGCGUGCUGGCUGCCAGGAAGAGGAGCGCGCUCGAUGGGGUCCUGGGGGCCCCCGUCAACAAGCGCAAGUCGCUUCUGAUGAGGCCGCGUCACUACAGCCCCAGCCCCAGCCCUGGCCCCGGCCCCGGCCAAGCCAGCGACAGAGACGAGGACGGAGAGAGGGACGAGGAUGAAGAAGGCGCGAGGCUGGCAGCCGCACGGGACAAAGCCGAGCUGAGGAACACUGACACUCCAGCAGAGGAGAAUGGAGUGCUUGACCCUGCUCUGCACAGUGAGAGAAACACACACGCCCAGGACUCGCUCCACUGGUCUGACGUCCUGAGUGAGGGAUCGCCUCUACCGCAAAGCCUGAUCCCCGAGAUGAUCGACGAGGAAGAGGAGGAGGAAGAGGAGGAGGACGAGGGUGAGGAGGGAGGCCUGCAUAAGGAGAACCACGCGGACGAGAGCUUGCGGGAGAUGGACAUGGCCUACCGUCUGGCACGGCACCGCGACCUGGAGCAUCUGGAGCGUCUGGAGCUGGACAAUGGUGAGUGGCUGCAGGCCCCCUCGCCUGCCUCCGCUGGUGGCCAGCUCAACGGCGUCCACCUCCACCUCAGCCCUGCCAAGCCCGCCGACGAACCCCUGGCCAGGAGGGUGCGUCUGGGCGCCGAGCUGCACGCGGAGGAUGCCCUCCUGGGCUACAUGGGCCGGCCCGGCAGCGGCCUGCUGGUAGCAGACGACUUCGCCUUCACCCGGGAGCCCAGCGAGGACAGCGAGGACGAGCUGCACCACCACCACCACCAGAACCAUCACCAUCACCAUCACAACCAGCAGCAGCAGCAGCAGCAGGCCCGCUUGGAGCCCAGCUGGGGCCCCGGGCUGGCGGUGCGGCCGGUGAGCCUGGACCGGGCGCGGCUCAACCUGAGCCUCCUGGAGCAGGCCAUGCUGCUGCAGUCGGAGCAGCGGCAGGCCCUGCAGCACGCCUACAAGGACAUGGACCGCUUCCUGCUGGAGCAGAUGAACGGCGAGCGCCGGCACCAGAGGAUGCUGGAGAUGAGCGCCGCCCGCGCCGCCUUCCACGGAUGUAAAGACUCCCUGCGUCCAGAUAAAAAGGAUGUGAAGUGCCCCACUCCUGGCUGUGAUGGCACUGGUCACGUAACAGGACUGUACCCCCAUCACAGGAGCUUGUCAGGGUGUCCCCACAAAGUCCGAGUCCCCCCAGAAAUCCUGGCCAUGCAUGAAAACGUCCUCAAGUGUCCGACCCCUGGCUGCACGGGAAGAGGUCACGUCAACAGCAACCGUAGCACACACCGGAGUCUUUCAGGGUGCCCCAUAGCUGCUGCAGGGAAGAUCUCCAAACCACAAGAGGACAUGAACAAGUCUAGGCAGCCGCCUGAUCGCUUGUCCAGCUGUUUAUCUAGACCUUCAGGCAUGAUGAAGAAAUUCGACUUCAGCCAGUUCAGUAGCUACAGGCUGUCUCAUCCCGUGGCUGCCUUGCAAGCAAACAUCUCCAAGGACAUGGACAAGUACAGCAAGAUCCGUUUUGAUCACGCCAGCUUCGACGCACAGGUCUUCGGCAAGCAACCACAGUUGGCGCCUAACCAGGAUCAAGAAAUCUCUCACUUCUCUGAAUCGCCAUCACAGUACCCCCCUUUUCCUGGGCCUGGGAGGUCAUCUGAUGAUCCCCGGCGGUGGGCAGAGUCCAGUUCACUCCAAAACGGAGAGCGACGGUCUCCAGGCCUCCGCCAACGCUGCUGCUGCUGCCACCGCCACCGCCACGCCGCCAUCCUCAACCUCAGCACCCGCUACCGUGACAAGAUGGAGGUCCUCUCCGGCCAGCCGUUGGCACCGGCCACAAAGGACAUGCACAUAGAGGUGGAUGAAAACGGCACUCUGGACCUGAGCAUGAAGACCAAAAGGGAGAAGAUGAAGGACCAGACAUCAUUGCCGCCACCUCCGCCUCCUCCGCCCGCGCUUCCCGCCAUGCCGCUGGGCGAAGGCCUGCCCACGCCGGUCACCUCCAUGGCCAAAGCCAGCGGCCUCCACAUCCCCUCGGCUUUCUACCAGGCACUGUGCGAGCAGGAGGGCUGGGACGCACCGCUGAACUUCAGCAAGCCCCACAUGCAGCUGGAGAGGGAGGACCAGCAUGACAAGACUUCACUAGAUGACAAGGCGUAUGCAGGAGACCCUUGCUUGAUGAGUCCUAAAGCAAAGAUGCUUUCAAGAGAAGCAAAGAAGGAACUGAUGAGUUGUCCAACACCUGGUUGUGAUGGCAGUGGUCAUGUGACAGGAAAUUAUGCUUCCCAUCGAAGUGUAUCCGGGUGUCCACUGGCAGACAAGACCCUGAAGUCGCUGAUGGCUGCCAACGCUCAGGAACUAAAGUGCCCAACACCUGGUUGUGAUGGAUCUGGCCACGUGACAGGGAACUAUGCCUCCCACCGCAGCCUGUCAGGGUGUCCUCGAGCAAGAAAGGGAACUUUGAAGCUGACACCAAACAAGGAUGAAAAGGAUGAGCAGGAAAUUAAAUGCCCAGUGGAGGGGUGUGACGGUCAGGGUCACGUGUCGGGGAAGUACACAUCCCACCGGAGUGCAGGAAGCUGUCCCAUAGCUGCAAAGAGACAGAAGGAGUGCUCCAUGAAUGGGUCACCUUUCUCCUGGAAGGUGUCCAAACAGGAGCUGCCACACUGCCCGCUCCCAGGCUGCAACGGACUGGGUCACGCCAACAACGUCUUCAUCACCCACAGGAGCCUGUCGGGUUGUCCACUGAAUGCACAGAGUUUAAAGAAGAAGCUGGCAGGGGACGAAAUGAUGACCAUUAAAGUGAAGGCAAGCAGUGGUAUUGAAAAUAAUGAGGACAUGCAGCACUUGGAUAAUGAGAUUAAGGAACUGAAUGAAUCCAACCUGAAAAUAGAAGCUGACAUGAUGCAGCUGCAGACUCAAAUAUCAUCAAUGGAAUGUAACCUAAAGACAAUUGAAGAAGAAAACAAGAUGAUUGAGCAGCAUAAUGAUGGCCUAUUGAAGGAAUUAGCUCGUCUAAGUCAGGCACUUAUUAACAGCCUAACAGACAUACAGCUACCACAAAUGGGUCCUAUCAACGAGCAGAAUUUCGAAGCCUACGUGAACACACUGAUGGAUAUGUAUAACAACUCAGAGCAUGACUACUCCCCUGAGUGCAAGGCCCUUUUGGAUAACAUCAGACAGGCCAUUAAAGGUAUCCAUGUGUAGGAUGUCUGUCUGUCAGGGGGUUUGCUGCGUGGGGCAAUAUUUCUGGACCGCUUUAUUUUCUGAAGGAGGCCUGGCGUCCCUCCAUGUGCAAGGAAAUGGCAUUCUGAAAAACAUUGCCAUUCCACUGAAAACAUUACUGCACUGAAGAGAAAAAAAUACUCUACCAGCCAGAAUUUGUAAAAGUUUUAACAGCUUCUGAGCUCACUCAAUACAUUUAUUUAUUGAGAUUUAUACCCCUUUGCACUUAAUUAUUUCGUAUGGUUUGCUUGAUUUUACUCUGUAUUUGUUUUUUGUUUGUUUGUUUUUUGCAUAAUUGAUUUCUGUGUAAAACAUAUUUUACGUAUAAUUAUGCCGUUGCUAUUUAUUCUCUCCAUUCAAAUAUUUAUUACACAGUAAUAUAUUUAAUUUAUAUCUAAUAAUGAUAGUGGUGUUCGAAAGUGGAAAUUUAAUUUGUUUUGUUCUGUUUGACUUUAGGGCAGUGCGAAAUUGUGAGCAACAAACAAACACAUUCCGUACUCCUCUCUUGUAAGGUUUUGUCACUAAAAUAAAAUCUUUCACAGUUGGGAUGACCAACCUGUAAACUCCAGGCAUAGAAAUGCUGCUCGUCUUUGCCAUCUAGUGGCGAUAAGCAGCAUCUACAUUAAGCGAUUCCAAUUAAACUGCUCCUCCUCCAGUACUGAAGAAGGAAAUUUAUAUGAAAUUCAGUAUUGAAUGUACAGUGAAAAAUCACAGCACAGAAAAUAAAGAAUCACAUGAAAUGAAAUAAUAAAUAAAUAAAUGAUGUAUCACUGCAAAGAAUAGCUGGAAUGAAUGUCACACCACAGCUUAAAUGUGUCAUGAAAGGAACUAAUAAUCAGUAUGACAAAUUUCAAAAGUCUUUGUUUUCUUUAAACUUAUUUUCAUUCAUUUAUAUCGAUAUCUGCCUUUGGUGUGCACACAUGUGUGUGUGUGCAUUUAUGUGCCUAAAUGUAAAUGAAUACAUGAAAUAUACUCUGUUUUGUGGUAGAACAGUAUUAUGUGAAUGGUGUUUAAUUUAUUACACAGUAUACCUAUUUUCAAAGAAAAAUACUUCUAACUCUGUUGGAUUUACUGUUUAUAUGCCAUUUUGAAUAUAUACUGCAAUUGUUCUGAUUUUGGAGUCUUUAAAGUCUUUAAUCACCAUGAAUGAUUACAUUUUUCUUUCUGAAGUUGCGAGUGACUGGCAAAAAUGACAAAUGUGUCACAAAGCAUAUGAAAGCAAGUGACGGAGCCACAUUGCCAUUUGUGGCCACAAACUUCCUUCAAAGCACAUCUUCUACUGGCAGACAAUGUAUGUGAGUGUGAGAUGUAUCAGCGGAGAGGCCUGUUAGGUUCACUUUGAUUGUUGUUGGUGUUUUUUUUUUUUUUCAUUUACAAAAAUAUGUUUCACAAAAGAAAAUGAAAUUUAAUAUAUUUUCUUGAAUUUCAAACAAAAGAAACUCCCAUUGACUCAGUCUCAGAUCUAGAGCUGAUUCAGUAAAUGUAUUUUUCAUGUAAUAAAACAAAGAUGAGCAACUGUUUUUAUCGGACAUUAGAUAACUUUAAAUGUCCCAAAACAACAUCUUGAAAUUGCACUUUUAUGUUGUCCCCCAAUACGGUUUUAAAGAGGUGGAGAGGGUCUUAAUUGAAGAAGAUACUUCAUUUUGAUCUCAUUUCAUAAAUGCAUGGACUGGUAUGAUUUUGUUGGACUAUUCUGUAUUAAUAAGUUGCCACUUUAUGUGUCAUGCAAAGAACGAAAAAAAAAUGCAAAGAUAAAAAUAUCCAGAGAAAUCAUUGGAUAUUCACGAAAACUAAAACUACUUUAUCCAAAUGGUGACUACUAAUAAUUUUAACAUUAAUAAACUGAAUCAAUCAUUUUUGUUUAAAUUAAUGACUGUAAUUUAUUAUUAUGUUUACUUAUUUAUAAUUCUUAACUCUUAAUUUAUAUACCACACAUUGUUUGCUCAGGAAGUUUUGUGAAGAAUAUUUAUUUUUCCCUGUUUGUAUUUGAUGUUUUGUAAUGUGAACUGGAUUUUUUGUGUAAUGAUAUUAGUAUGAUGG